AUGAUAUGUUCCAAAAUGAUCGAUGAAGUCGACUACUUUGAUCACAUAAAUGCAUGUAUUGAUAUAUCAUCAGCCAAACCAAACAACGCCCAGGAGUGUUAUAUCUGCUCUAAAGAAAUUGCCGAAGUUGAUUUUAUUACUCAUGCUAAUGCAUGUGCCUCUGAAUUAUCUUCAAGUUCGAAAUCAAAAUUAACAACUAGACAAACUCAAAGCUUGUGUUUUACAUGUUCAUUGCCAAUAGAUUCUUCGAAAAGUUCUAGUCAUACCAUUUCAUGUCCAUCACGUCAUAUGUAUUGUCUAAAAUGUUUUCAGCGUUCAAUGAAUGAAUACAUUAAAUCUAAUACUCCUCCUGUUUGUCAUUCAACUCUCUGUAAUUAUCAGUUGUCUCGAUAUGAUGUUGCAUGUUUACCACUUGAAUCAGAUACUAUCAAACAUUUACUAACUUGUGUCAAAAGUGCGCAACGUCCUCAAUGUCCUUUAUGUCUCUUCUAUGUUGACUUUAAUUCUAUGAGCGACUUAGAAAAUCAUGCAGCUUUGUGUAACUCAGAGAAUUUAAUUGCUUGUGAAUAUUGUCAUUGUCUAUACAAUAUGUAUCGAAUGGAUGACCAUUUACAGCAAUGUCGCAAUCUUUCUCAUUAUCAACAACAACAAGCAUUAAUAGAUUUCAUUGUACCACGAACUAAAUAUCCCAUGACAUCCCAAGAAAUUCGUGUUUUUAUCGAACAUAGAAGGAAGAGCCAUUUGCCACUUGAUCCACAUUCAAUCAUUGAUGCACUAGCUGUACUUGGUAAGUUUUAA